UAAACAUAAACAUUAUCUAUUUCACCACCUUUUGAAACUUUGGUGCAAAGAAAAUCACAAUUUUCCCCACUAGAAAUACACAAAACAAAUUUUGAAAACAAGAUAUAUAGAGAAUGAAAUUGGUUUGGUCUCCUGACAAAGCAUCUAAAGCUUAUCUUGAUACUGUUAAAUCGUGCGAGUCAUUACAAGAAUCCAACGUAGCGGAAUUAAUCUCAGCCAUGGCUGCCGGAUGGGACGCGCAAAUGAUCGUAGAAACUUGGUCACGAGGCGGCAUUACAUCAACAAGCAUAGGUCUCUCUAACGCAAUUCAUGAGACAGGUGGUAGACAUAUAUGCAUAGUCCCAAAUGAAGACUCAAAAAAUGAGUAUAAAUCAAUUAUGGAGGAAAAAACAGGAAUGUCACCGGAAAUUAUUAUUGGUGAGCCUGAAGAAACAUUGGAAAAUUUAAUUGGGAUAGAUUUUUUGGUGGUAAAUUGUGAAAAAAAUGAUUUUUCGAGGAUAUUAAAGGUGGCUAAAUUAGGAAAUAGAGGGGCAGUUUUGGUAUGUAAAAAUGUGAGUUCAAGAGUUGUAACGGAUUUUAGAUGGAAAAGUGUACUUGAUGGAAAAUCAAGAAUUGUACGGUCUGUUUUUUUGCCUGUUGGAAAAGGAUUGGAUAUUGCACAUGUGGGACCCACCGGAGGAAAAAGUGGUGGGGCCCAAGGGAAGAUGGAAAGAAAAUGGAUUAGAAGAUUUGAUAGAGAAUCUGGUGAGGAGUUUGUGAUUCGAAAAUGAUUAUUUUAUUUUAUUUUAACAGUGGUGUUUGAGUCAGUUUGCGAGGACGUCGACUAAUUCUUCAUGUACCUGCUACCAAUGUUGCUCAGACUCUUCAGAAAUAUUAACGGGUGUGUGUCGGAUAUUCUAAAAAUACUGCAUUUUGAAGAAUCCGACUGCCUCCCAUCAACACGGGUAUCGAGUAACUAUCACUGAGACUUGAACAUAUGAAAAAAAAUCACACAGUCAAAUUCUUUUGUUUUUGUUUCUUAAAAAAUUGUUUUCAUUUUUUUUUCUUAUUAUUUUUUUCUUUUAUGGGGCAUUUUUGGGUUCUGUAUAUAGAUCAUUACAAAGUUGACAUUGUAUUGUACAUUUGGUUUGCCAGUUGGGUUUAUGCUGGUGUGAUUUUGUUGACAUUGUAUUGGACAUUGUUUGAUAGCAUUUGAAACAAAGAGAAAAGUUAGAAGAUUGAA